CAAUCUCAGCGUCACAUUCCUUCUGUUAUUUCAUAUAAGCAAACACGAGCUCGUGUAAUUAACCAUCGUAAGCUUGUAAAUAAAAUUUAUUUAGGGAAUUUAUUAUUAAAUUAUAAUUUAGUAAGUCAUUAUAAGUCUAAUAGCUAUUGAUAAUUAUUAACAAAAGUAAAAAUAUCAGUUAUAUCGGAUUUCCGCUGUAAAAACACGUGGUGGUGCAGACAUGAGAAACUUGAGAGAAUUCGAAACAAAGGACAAAGAAAGCCGUUGGUAGUUGCGUCAUUUACCAGACAUACAAAAAAAAAUCUGAACAAAGGGCUUCGAGCUGUAAAUAGUUAAACGUUUAAAACAAUUGUAUUUUUGUUUAGUUUCUUAUUGUUUAUUUCCAAACAAUGCAGAAAGAAACGGAAUCCGUAAUUUGUCCUUAUGAUAGAAAUCAUAUUAUAGAUCGAUCAAGAUUGCAAAGGCAUUUAGUUAAAUGUUCAAAGAAUUUUCCACCCAAUUACAAAGAAACGUGUCCAUUUAAUGCUACACAUUUGAUGUUUGAGUCGGAAUUAAAAGCGCACAUCAAAGAUUGCCCGGAUAGAAAAUAUAUCGAUCAUGAUCAUUUCCGUUUUGUGUUGAAGAAUCAUGGAUCUAUAAAUUCUUGCCCGCCUUCUGUUGCUGAAAGUAACAUUGAUCAUUAUGAUGAAUCUUGGAAUGACUGUUUAUCAGACACUUUCAGUGCUAGUGUAUCAAUUGUCAGUAAUAGUUCAUUGGCAUCAAGUGUUACAAAGACAUUGAGAAACCCUAAGGGACGUUCGGAAGUUUUUAUGGUGGACCUGACUGAGGAGUCAAAUGCUGAAGAUGUUGAUUCUGUUGCUAGUUCUGCAUUUGUCAAUGGCCGUGGUAAAUUUAUGCAGAAUCCAAAAACUAAAAAUCUACCAAAAGUUGGUAGACGUUUGAAACCAAUUACUGAUGAUUUGGAAAUCGGCGCAUCAGCAAUAACUGACGUUGAAGAUACUGAGUCUGUUAUAAAUUUCGGUAACGGUAUGGGCCGUGGAAUUGUUCAUUCGAUUGGAAGAAAACUUAAUAGUAGAUAUGAUAGUGAUACUGAUGACUCAAGAUCUACUAUUAGUACAAUUGGUCGUAGACCAAUAAGACGCUAAUUAUUUUUUCGAGACAAAUAAUAAAUAAACGUGUAUACAAAGUAAACCAGCCAGCCGCUAGCACCCAUUUUUCUUUAAGAACUAUUUUUUAUAUAUUUACAUGUCAUAAAAAAGUUAACCUUUUUUUUACUGGUUUUAGAAUAAUUAAAAAGUAAAUUUUCAGCAAAAUACCAGUAGUCACCUACCAUUUAUAUUCCAUAAAAGUAAAAAUUCAAUGAAUUUAAAAUAACUGUCUCUAAAUCAUUAUAUUAAUAAAAUAUAUAUAGGGUUGGUUAUUGAUAGGGGACUGGCAGUCGGGUACUUCUCUAAAUCUUCUAUUAUUUUUUUUUAGAACAACAUUAUUUUUCCUUUUUUUUAUAUGAUUAAAAUAACCAUUAAUUUGAUAAUCAAAACUAUCAGAAAUAUAUGUCAAAGUAUUACCAAACAAGUAUUUUUAUGAUCUCAGCGAGCUUAAGAGUUAAUGAGAAAUUAACAUAAAAGAUAUUUAUUUAGAGUAAAUAUAUACUUGAAAUUAAUUAAUUAAUUUUCCAAUAUAAGUUAAUAUACUAGUGUUAGACUUGUUACAUGAAAAAAGUAUUAAUAAUUAAACUCUAUUGCAUUAUUUUGAAUGAUUAAUAACAAAUAGUAUAUAUCAUUAAUUCAAACGGUAUCUAUAUUAUUAAUUCAUAUAUUUUGAUAAUAAAAUAUAAUAAAUACAAGACAUAAAUUUCGAUAUUUUUUAUUUUACUUACAUUCUUGAGAUUACAUCUUUAAGCAUCGAUUUACACUUUUGUAUCCACCCGUUUGACAAACCACUUUAUAUUUAAAUGGACACGUCAUUCGGGUGACUAGAGCUACAUUGCAACGCUCAUGAUUAAUAAAAUACAGAAUUGUCUUUGCCAUACUACAGUAUUGUCACAUUUCGUUAUAUUAUUUGAAGAUAAUUAAAAUUUCAAGAUAAGACCAUUCUCAAACAGUCCCUCACACUUUAAAAAUUUUCAAUGACAACUGUCAGGUGUAUCAAAAUUUUAUUAAUUAAUUAAAAAUAAUUGAAGCAUUAAUUGUCAAAAGGACCACAUAAUUGCGAUUUUACUGAGAUAUUAUUUUUAAAAAAUUACUUACAGUUGAUAUGAUUUGGGAGCUAAAAGAAAUUCGUUAAAUGAACUUUAGUAAAACCUCGGUCAAUUUUAUAAUUCAAAUUUUCAAAUCUUGUAGGCUAAAAUGUAUUCAAAAAAUUCUAUAUCGCGGCAAAAUUGUCUUUUUUUCAAUUAAGGUUUUGAUUUUUUUUUUUAAUUAAUAAAAUUUUAAUACAUUUAUGACAGUUAAGUAUUUGAAUAUUUUUAAAAAGUGGG